UGGGAACUGCUUCGAAGGAGAAGUGAGGAGUCCUGCAAUGCAAGACGCUCGUGACACCGACUUCGACUCAUCACAUUGGAGCUCCUGCAGGUGGCGUCAACGCACCGCUGGCAGGAUCCCUUGCUGCACCGAUGAAGAGCUUCAGCUGCACACCGAUACGCCCCGGCCCGAAACACUUACUCGCUUACCUUGUAUCGAUUUGGGCCAGGGUGCACGCCAGGGCAAUGUGGCGGUUCGUAUCCGACACGAGUGGAUGGAUCCUUAACGUUGUGUGGCGCCAAGCGCCAGCCCAACGGAGUCGUGAUAGCUAAAUAAGGCUGGGCGUCAGUUAACUCUCCUCGAUUACGAGCGCGAUCUAUCUUGAGCCGCACGUGGAUGACAUCUUAAAGCGCAAGGGACUCCCCCUUGAGGUCGCUGAGAUUUCUCUCACUGUUUUGAUUCUUUUGCGCUUCAAAGUCGGGUAUAUCGACUGCAUAAUGCUAGCGCUCAAUAUCGUCUUAUACGCCCUCUUGGGCACCUCUUUGGCCUUUGCCAUCGUGGAGCUGGGCCUGUCCGCUUUCUUAACUUCCGCAUAUUCCGGGACCCGCGAGGUCGCGACCUGGAGCGCCUACUCGGGCUAUUCCUACAGAACAGUGAAUGUAAAGGCCCCUGCCAUUCUCGCAUUCCUGGUAUUCAGUGCCUGUUGGACGAUCCUAGUGACGGCCGCGGCUUUGGUGCUGCCAUGGCACUUCGCGAAGAAAGGCUUUGUUACUGCAAAGCUGAAUACCAUACUCGCUUCGUGUUUUGUGGGUGUUUACUUUGUCACCAUGGUUUUUUGGCUGGCUUGCUUCGCCGAUCUCGCCUCUCUCCUUGGUGGCGGAACCAGCGACUCACCUUACUUCAAUGCUAUUCUCGCAUUUGGUGUGCUUCUUUGGUUGCUCUUCGUUGCCCUGGUGGUGUUCACAGUUCUUGCGAUGUGCGGUGUGAUGGCUUCUGACUGGGCUGGCUACCAGUCUUUGAGAAAGGACAAGGGUGUUGAGGGGGCCCAAACGAGUGGGCAUGCUCAUGAUGUGCCGAUGAGUACGACCCCUGUGGUUCCGGAAAUGUCAGCUCGGGAUGCUGAGAUUCUACAUAACCAGCCGAGCAGCCAAUCGCAUAGUAUCUCCUCGCCGUCGGCCGUUCAUAGCGCCGAGCUCAACGGCGAUAGCGAACACGAUAACAACACAGGUCGGACGGCGCAGAUCAGUCCUGUUUGA